AUGGGAUCUGAAUCUCAGCCCGCACCCUUCCGCAACAGCCUACAUGGAUUGCCCUAUGCUGAAACAGUCCCCCACCGACAGCCCAAACAUGGCACGCCCACCUCGACUCCGCCUCCCAUCCCGCAAUCAGCGAUACAGAACAUUGAGAACAAUGACAAGGAAGGCUCCGCGCGCAGCCCUGUGUCGCCAGUAUCUGCUGUGCGGUCAGAGUGGCCUGACUCUCAGCCCAAGACAGACUCAAUAAGACCUGAAAGCGAGCGCCCGGACUCGCAGUCAGUCGCGUCUCCCACCAGCAUACCGCAAAUACGCAUUGGAGAGGAGACGUCGAAACCCAAGAAGUCUUGGUUCACUUCCUCUUCCAACACAUCACCUAAGCCCACCGAGGACGGCGCUCCCUCGUUCGAGAAACUAGCGGUGGACUUGUCACCUGGGAGCUUCGGUGACGAAUUCGGUGAUGACCACAUCAAAUUCUCGAAAAGAGGCAGUAUGCUCGUGGACGGCAGGAAAGUGUCGAAUUCCUCCACCAAGCCCAAUAACCUGGCGCCCAUCGGAGACAGACUAGAACAGACCCAGACCGAUGGCGCAAGUUCUAGCUUACCUCAGACUCAGGGAGGGUUGCGCCACAGGCCCUCUGUCAAGGUGCUGUCAACCGACGAGGAGGCACUGUCGGAAAAGGUGCGGUCAUACUACGCAUUCGGAUCGGAGGCCCAUCACGACAAUGAUGCUGCAUCAUCCAUUGCCAACAGGAUGGGAUUGAGAUGGCAAGAUGCACUCGCUGGUACGAAUACUGAAGCGUCAAGCAUGGCUUCUUUGUCACGCGGCACCUCUACAACUGAUAUACACAGCGAUCCGGGCUCGCAGCAGAACGGGUCAAGGAUCUCAAGCAUGCAGAGAGACUUUCUGCGCGAGGUGACGGAGCUCGCAGGAGGCAUAGAAGAUUGGAACGAGGUCGACAGUGCCGACGUGGACCGCUAUGGCUUCAUUGUGCCUAAGCCAGACACAGGACCAAAUGGGAUCACACGCUCACCGACGACAAAGCAAUUGACUCGAGUGAGCACAAGUCUACAGCUGGCGUCCGAGACGCCACGCCGUAAACAUACUAUUCGACGCUCGCCAAGCAGUGCUCGUUCGGUCCGGUCGACAUCGGCUGCUGUGCCAUCGUCGACAUCGCAGUCAUCCUUCAAGCGUCCAAUGUCUGCGCACUCAUCAAAUACGGCACUAUCGCGUCGCGGGACGUUCCGUAGCAGAGACCGAAAAUUGAUGGAUGAUGCAUCAGAUAUGCUGACUUUACCACGAUCGGCUUCGAAUUUAUCGACGACCGAUCCAUAUGUUUCUGCCGCAGAUGACCCUCGGGCCCGAUUGAAGGAAGUUGAAAGAGAAGAAAAGUGGCGCAAAAUGGCACAGCCAGUCGCAAAAGCAGACCAAAAGCUCGGAGGUGGUAUGGCAUUCACUUUUGACACAUCCUCGACGAAGUUGAUUGAGCGGACCUGGAAAGGCAUACCCGAUAAAUGGCGAGCUACGGCGUGGCAUGCUUUCUUAAAUGCUUCGGCAAAGAAGCGACACGGGUCAUUGAGUGAUCCCGAGCUGACGACAUUGUUCACUGAAUACCAGCUUUCAUCAAGCCCCGACGACGUACAGAUCGACAUCGACGUGCCAAGAACAAUAUCUAGCCACAUCAUGUUCCGACGCCGCUACAGAGGAGGUCAAAGGCUACUGUUUCGCGUCUUGCAUGCAAUGUCACUGCACUUCCCAGAAACCGGCUAUGUACAAGGAAUGGCCGCGUUGGCCGCCACUCUAUUGUCGUACUAUAGCGAAGAGACUGCCUUCAUCAUGUUGGUCCGCUUAUGGGAGCUGCGUGGGCUUGAGAAACUGUACAAGAACGGAUUUGGUGGUCUCAUGGCUGCCUUAGACGACUUCGAGUCGAAAUGGUUAGGCAAAGGAGAGAUUGGGAAAAAGCUUGAGGAGAUUGGAAUACCUCCCACCAGUUAUGGUACAAGAUGGUAUUUGACGUUGUUCAACUACAGCAUACCUUUCCCAGCUCAGUUGAGAGUCUGGGACGUGUUUAUGCUCUUGGGAGACGAUACAAGCCUGCGACCAAGGACAGCAAAGUCGAAUGCAAUAGCAACGUCUGCACCUAACGGGAAGCAAGCGGAAGGUACAGCUGUUGCCGACUCGACCACUGUCGACGCUGACCAAAGAUUUGGCACUACCUUGGAUACACUGCAUGCGACAUCAGCAGCUUUGAUUGAUGGCAUGCGUGAGAUUUUGCUAGAGUCAGACUUCGAGAACGGCAUGAAAGUAUUGACGAGCUGGGUUCCCAUCAAAGACGAAGACCUCUUCAUGAGAGUUGCGCGAGCCGAAUGGAAACUGCAGCGUAAGAAGCAGGCAGACAAGUAA